GAGCUCCUCUUGGUCUGUCCUAAAAUUUAAAAACAAACCUCCGAGACCGUCACCAUCGGUGCCCGCCGCCCCCCUCCCAAAAGCUAGAAAGAGAAGAAAACAAUAAUAAUAGAAAAAUCUCACCAUCUGAUAUAAUUCAUUCCAACUCUUCACCAAACCACACCGGAAAAGGUCGACAAAGAUUAUGGAAAACCAAAAUAAACAAAAGACUUCCCCCGCCCCUGAUUCAGUUUCUGACUCCUCUCCGCAUCACUCCAGACAAGAUAGUGGAGAACACAUCUCGCUCUCGCCGCCGCUGGGUUCGCCGGGAAAAUCACUGUCGGACUAUUCUUCUUCUUCACUUCACUCCAAACAAGAUAGUGGAGAACACAUCUCGCUCUCGCCGCCGGUGGGAUUGCCGGGAAAAUUACCGUCGGACUCUUACUCCUCUCCACUUCACUCCAAACGAAACAGUGGAGAACAUAUCUCGCUGUCGCCGCCGGUGGGCUCACCGGGGAGCUCGCUUGGUAGUCAUUCACUUUCCUCCCAUCAUACGCCGGUCAAUAACAGUCAUGGGUCCUUCCCGGAAGAUGGAAAACCUCAGUCGCCGGAAAGUAAGCCUCCGCCGGCGGUGGUAAGCAGGGAUGUGUUUAAGGAGCCUAUGGAGAACAAGGUUGUGAUCGAGGAGCCCAUGGCGGUGGUGAGCAGGGCGGUCUUGGAGGAGCCUAAGGCCGUGGCGAACUGGGCAGUAGCGGAGGAGCCUAAGGCAGUGGCGCCAAAGACCGAUCCAGCUGGCGGAGUGGUGGAGGAUCGCGGCGGCGACGGAAGCGGUCGGCGGAGGUUCAGACCAUCGCUGUCGAUAUUGAGGAGAGCUAAACGAGAGAAAAUGGUGAAAAGAGCUGCCCUGGGGUUCAGGAUUUUUGGGUUCUUGUUUUGCUUGGUCUCGUUUUCAGUGAUGGCAGCUGACAGAAAUCAAGGCUGGGCUCUUGAUUCAUUUGAGCGAUACAAAGAAUUCCGGUACUGUAUGUCUGUGAAUGUUAUCGGAUUUGUGUACUCAGCAGCUCAGGCAUUCGAUAUAUCAUAUAGCUUAGCCACCGGAAAGUAUAUUGUCCAGCACCAUCAGAGACUCCGAUAUUACUUCGACUUUGCAGUUGAUCAGAUGAUUGCUUAUCUUCUGAUAUCAGCAUCUUCAUCGGCCACUAUUCGGAUUGAUGACUGGCAAUUGAAUUGGGGAAAGGACAAGUUCCCAGAUAUGGCAACGGCUUCCAUAUCAAUGUCGUUCCUCGCGUUUGUUGCCCUGGCCUCUAGUUCUCUCAUUUCUGGCUAUGCUCUUUGCACCUCCAAAACCGUGUAGGUUGCAACUCCCCAUAUGAAUACCAUUUGCCUCUUGCCUCCCAAGAAAUAUGUAGUAAAUUUUGUCUGCAGCAGAGAACUUAUUCAUCUGAAUUCUCCUUUCUGUAUAUACAUAUUUAAUGUGCUGAGAUUUUUGUUUGGAUAACACCAGCAAAGCAUAGUGAUUUUCAAUGAACAGAUUGUAAUAUGACUCCGUGCUUUUAAGUAUUGGUGA